GAUCUGAUAACAAUGUAAAACAAGCACUUUAGAAGAAGGUGUAAUUGUUUUAUCUUUUCUACAUUCAUUUUUUGUCUCAGCCUAAAGUAGCUUUCAGAAGUACCAGUCGCUAUUGGAAUAGUGCAGAGCCCAGUGGAAGACUGACAGAUGUGUUCAAUAACGUUAUCAUGACAGGUUGCAGCUCCUUCUAUGAUUGCUACAAGUUGCAGAGUGAAGAGAAUAUAGAUUUGUGUCAGAUUUACAGUACUUCGCUUCCUACAGCCUCUGAAUGUUCAAACCAUGCUGACUCUUCUCUUUUCUAUGUCCCGUGGUCUACGUAUACAGAUGACAUUAAACAACCCCUUAGUUCUCAGAUUAAUGUAAAGAACAGGAUUCAGGCAGAAAGAAGUGACUAUGGCAGUGAAACAGACUUGUAUGGACUUGUGUCUAACAUCUUGGAAGAACAAGAUAAAUCACAACCAUAUUUUGCAGAGGGGGCAUGUGCCUCCAGUUUAAAAUCAGUAUGGCCUGUGAACGCUACCCGAUUUACAGACCACCCUGACCUGCUAUCAGAAACAAAGAGGCCAGUAGAUGGCACUAUCCCUCAACAGGCUUUUUAUGGUGGAGAAAAUUUAUCAGUGACGGACAAACAGUAUCUGCAUGCUGGUAACCUAACCUUGCAACAGAAAGUGGAUGACCUUUACAAUGGGCUCACUAAUAUAGACCUUGAAGAACAAUGGCUGUACCCUUCCCGGAGUGAUCAUGUCAAUAGUUACAAUAUUCAAACCAAUGAGAAUGCAAAGGCACCACAGUUUCAAGAUUUUUCAUAUGUGAAAACAUGUUUUACCCAGCAAACCAGUCUUUCAGAAGCAAUAAAAGAAUCUGGAGCAGAUACUUUAGCUUAUGGAAGGGAUAAGGUGGGCCCUAAGGGACAAGAUACACAGGUGAACCAAAAGAGAGCUGAGAUGUUUUUGUCACAAUUUAACAGAUAUGGUGAAAAUGCUGAUUAUUGUAGAUACCCAGAGUAUUCCCAUCCAAAUAAAGCAAAGAAUAAUAAAAAUGUAAAUUACGGAGCCCAAGACAUUAAAAAAUUACCAACUGGAACACCUGAGUUACCAGCCUUAGAUACAGAUAAUUAUAAUAAAUUGUUUCAGAAUAAGCCAGCUGUUCAAAAGAAAAUGGAAGAUGCCUCUUUGGAACAGCAGAAUUUUACAUUCCAGAAAACUGCAGGACUCAUGUCAGAAAAGCAGUUUGUGAACGAAACUUCAUUUACCACAGACCUUGGUUUAAAAUCAGAUUUUGCCCUGAAGUCUCACACAGCUAUUCCAGGGAGUGGUGAUUUUACAAAUGGUGCAGAAAAUUCUGAAUAUUUCAAAUCACUGAAUAUUUUAUCAACAAAUACAGGAACGACUUCCUCAGGCACAAAUAUAAGACCAGCAUGGAGCAACAUCCAGACAAAAAUAAACUCCUCUGUCCCUAUUCGGAAUCAAGGCACCUUGAUAAAGUUGAAUAAUAAUUUAUCUGCGGGUUCAAAAGCUUCUAGUCAUUAUGAUUUUUCUCAGUUACCAUUGAGCAGUGUAAAUUUAAAUGCUAAUUUGUUGCUUCAGAAAUAUUGUCAAGAAAUGCCCACGGUAUUUUCCAGUUUUGAUUUCAACGACAGCAGUGCUACAGAUCGAAUUCAGUCUGCCGGUCAUACAGAAGGACUGAGUAAAGUGGGAGAAGAAAGUCUCUUUGAGUCCAUUAUUGACAAAAAAAUUAAGCCAUCAAAUGGUUUCCAUGAUAACUAUUCACAGCAAUAUGGGAUCCUUGAAAAUUUGAACAAGAACAAUUUUCAAACGAAGUCGCAGAAUGGACAUUAUGAUGCUGAAGAAGGACAAAAGCAUCUGGAUGGACUGUCACAGAACACUUACCAAGAUUUAAUAGAGUCUCAGGGCCACUUCAGUAGCCAUAGGCAAGGGAGUGGUGACAAUAAUAUUGUCAACAACCGUGUGAAUCGCACCCAGGCGUCAUGUUUUUCAAACAAUUUCAUGAUGGGAGACUUGAGGCAAAGUCCAGGUGUCUCACAGCAUGGUUCCAACAGAUUUCCUUUGAAAUCCACCCACCCAUUUGCACACUCUGUCAUUCCUCUGAUGGAUUCCUAUGAUUUGUUCUCCUAUGAUGAUCUAAGCCACUUGUAUCCUUAUUUUAAUGAUAUGAUGUAUGGAGACAGCUCUUUCACAGGUUUCAUGCCGACAUUUGGAUUCCAAAGACCAAUGAAAACUAGGAGUGGACCAGCCAGUGAACUUCAUAUUAGGUUGGAAGAAUGUUAUGAACAAUGGAGAGCUUUGGAAAAAGAACGGAAAAAGACUGAGUCGGCUCUUGCCAAGAUUUACCCAGGGAAGAAGGUGUCCAGUACUAAUAAUACUCCAAUUCCUAGACUGACAUCAAAUCCAUCCAGAGUUGAUCGUUUAAUUGUUGAUCAAUUGCGAGAACAAGCCAGAGUUGUGACUUUGCUGGGAAAGAUGGAACGUCUUCGAAGUUCUCCCCUCCAUGCCAAUAUAUCCACUGCUCUUGAUAAACUCCUGGAAGCCAUUCAUAUCGUGCAGUCCCGUAGAAAGGAUGAAAUUGUCAAUGCUUCACAUCGGCAGAGACAAGGAGCUCCACGAUGCCAAGAUGACAGAGAUGUUUUUGCUCUUGCACUGGCCGUUAAAGAAAUGUGCAUAGCAACACGCAAAGCACGUACUAUUCUGUGGUGUGCUCUCCAGAUGACCUUGCCAAAAACAACCCCUCCAGCCGGACCAGUGGAUAUGGAGAAAGCUUUUCAAGAGAUAAUCCAGCUGGAAGAUAAGACAUAUGAGCAGUUUAAUAGCAGCCAUCCUGUGAUCCAUAGAGGAGAAACCAAAAAACACUGAGGAGAAAUAAAAGGACUAAAUGUGGCUGUCCUGUCAUCCUGUUCUAAACUUUUUAAAUGAACAAAGCUUUUCUUCCACAUUAAGUAACAAGAUAACAAACAGAAGUUUGCCUACUCUAAUUCCAGCCACUGUCUGAGGAGUUGCUGUUAACACAAGACAAGUGUAUGAUGUUAACAGCUGCUAGAAUCAAAAUACUGAUGAGGCAGAAUUAAUGUGUUAGGUUAAAUAAAUCAAAAUAUUUUUAACUGCCAAAAUAGAAUGUAAAGUUCUUCUAGGUUUCCUUAGCAUAUCUGUUUUCAAAUAAUGAAUUUGAAUUACUGUAACCUACUUCUGGCUGCAGUCUAGUAAUAGACAAAUAUUGAUUGUGAUUUAGAAAAAACACCCUGUUUUCUUGAAGACUAUGAAUACUGUCUGGAAACAGGAAGGAGGAGGACUAAACAAACCCAGUAUGAAUGUUAAACACAUUAACAUAUUUAAAGAACUUAUUUAUGGAUUUGAAGUCUUAAGAGUAUAAAUUUAAGUAAAGAAAUUGACCAGAUUAAGAAUAUAAAUUUAAGUAAAGAAAUUGACCAUAUUUUCUUAAAUUAGUGAUAUUAUCAUAAAGUCAUUAUCCAACCAUGCAUGUUCAGAAUAUUAAAAAAACACCUUCUGAAAUCAUUUUUGUCUAUUAUUUUAAAUAAAAUAUUCUCUGUUUAAAAGUAUUAAAAAGUAAUCAAAAUUACUUUAGCAGUUGCAUGCAAAUAAAAUAAUGAGUGUUAUUUUAAUACCCUUGGUUUACUAUUUUUAAGGAGGGUAUCAGGAAGUUAUGAGAUGCACUUUCUUUAAAGUUACUCCUUAGCCAGUUUGGUUUGUUUGGUGUAUAUUUUAUCUUCAUUUGCUUCUGCAUUCUUUAGCACUGUUGAAUGCUUGGGGGGUUUUUUUUCCAUGUUUUUCAGUUCUUAAUAAUAUUUUUAUUAAAUGCAAGUUAUUUAUUAAAUUAAUAUGUUGCUAUUAUGUGGCUCAGGAGAUCUUGGGUUUUAACAAUCUAGCAUAAACUAUAUAAUGUCUGGAUAAAAUUUACUGUCCUGCCCUUGGCUAGGUACAUUGCUGUUUUAAAUGAGCAUCCUUCCAGCUUUUAGAAAUCCUGGUAUGCUGAAAUGAAUAAUCAAACCACAUAAAUUGCUGUAGAUGACGUAAGGAACUGAUUGAGAUUGCAGUAGAAACUGUAGGGAACGAUUUUGAUCAUUGAUGUGACUUUGCAUGCUGCCAAAACAAACGGCCUCUGGCUGCAGACUUACCACCAUAGCAACUGAGCAAAGAUGGGUUGCGUUUGAUGAAAUAUGUUACGUUAGGAAAAUAAAAUAUUGUAUUAACUUCAGUCUCUCUCCUAAUAAACUGGCUUUUGUUGCAAAA